AUGGUGCGGAGCAAGAGGAACUGGAAAGCCACCUCAAAGAUGGAGCCCAAAUGGGCUGAUGGUCAGCUGGGUUCGCGGGUACAAGUGUGUUGUAGAACUCCCUCCUCCUCUAUACCCCGGCCUCGUCCCACAUUGGCUGAGAAAAGUCCUUUAAUGAUCUUCCCACCUCAACAAAAAGCCCAGUUAGCCAAAAAAAAAAACACUUUUGCAUCGAUAGCAUCAGUUUCUGACCCUGUACACAGUAAAUUCCAGAGAGAGAGAGAGAGACUGAGAGAGAGAGAGAGAGAGAGAGAGAGAGAGAGAGAGAGAGAGAGAGAGAGAGAGAGAGAGAGAGAGAGAGAGAGAGAGAGAGAGAGAGAUAGAGAGAGGAGACAGUACUGA